AUUCCUUUGCUCUCCCGCAAAUAUUAAUAUUUUCAAUGAACACUAACCAGUUUCUUUCAAAAUCUAGCUCCUUAUUCCUAUCUCGCCACUCCUCUUUUCAUUUUUUGUGAACCAAAAUUAAUUUCCUUCGAGACUAAUUCUUCAAGCUACAUAAUUUCAUAAUCAAUCAAGAAACAUAUAAAUCCAACACUAAAAAUAUCGCACUCUCCUACAAUUUAAUCUUGCGAGGGUCUACCUACAAGUGUGCAACCAAAGUAUAACCAACAAUCUAUUUUGCAAAUAUUCUUCAGCUUGGAUCGCCGCGUGUUUAAUUUUUGACAUUAAAGGUAUAAAUUUCAUCAAUUUGAUAAAGAAGAAAAAAAAAAUGAAUAUAUUUUCGGUGUCGGGUGCUUGCAAGCCUCCAGUGAGUUUCCAACCGGCACUAAUGGAUAAUUCAUUUUUCCACCAACAUCGUAAAGAGAAAGUAGUUGUUAUAAUGGGGGCAACCGGAACCGGCAAAUCCAAGUUGGCAAUAGACUUAGCAACUCUUUUUCGACCGGCUGAGAUUAUCAACUCCGACAAAAUGCAAGUUUACAAAGGCUUAGACAUAACAACAAACAAAGUUACCGAAGAAGAAUGUCGUGGGGUCCCACAUCAUUUACUGGGAACCAUUGAUCCUAAUUCCAAUUUUUCAUCGAACGAGUUUUGUCACCACGCGACGCUUGCUAUUGGUUCCAUCGUAGGGAGAGACGGGUUACCUAUUAUAGCCGGUGGGUCAAACUCGUACAUUGAUGCUUUGGUCAACCAUCACAACGAAUUUCGUUCAAGGUACGAAUGUUGUUUCCUUUGGUUGGAUGUUGCUUUUCCAGUGCUUCAUUCUUCUUUGUCAGCACGUGUGUAUCGCAUGAUUGAAGCUGGUCAAAUCAAGGAAGUUCGUGAAUUUUUUGACGAAAAUAAUAAUGAUUACAAUAGAGGGAUACGAAGGGCCAUUGGGGUACCAGAGUUUGACAAGUUUUUCAGAGCUGAAUUAGAAGGAAAAACAGACGAAAUAACUAUGAAAAAGCUUCUAGAAGAUGCCAUUGAUGCUGUCAAGAUUAAUAACUGCAAGCUCGCAAACAAACAGGUUCAAAAGAUUAAUAGACUUUAUGGUAUGUGGAAAAAGAACAUGCACCGUAUUGAUGCCACGGACGUAUUACUUAAGAAAGAUUGUUGGGAAGAUCGUGUUUUGGCAAAGAGUGUUAGAAUUGUUCACAAGUUUCUAUAUGCUGAAACUCGUGUUCCAAUCGCUUCUUCUGCCACGGUGGCAACCGUAACCCAUUAGAGGUUGGGUCGAGACAGCAAGAGAGGAAUAAAAAGUAUAUAUUAUACCUCACAACUGACAUGUCUUUCAAUAUUAUUUGGCAUUCCACAUAUCUUUUUGUUCUUUCAUUUUUCACCCCACUACUUGUGGUUAGAGUCAUGUCAUUUGUAUACUUACUACUAGCUACCGGUUAAUUACUACAUAAUAUAUACAAUAUUAUACUA